AAGUAACACAUUUACUUCUUCUACCAAGCUAUGUCUCGGCUCGGCAGACUAGACGAGUACGACCCUAAGGUUCAGAACUUCGAAUCUUAUGUCGAACGAUUUGAGCAUUACGUCAGGGCCAACGAGAUAGCGGAAGGGAAGAAACUGUCUGUUUUCUUGACAGUAAUUGGUGCAGAAGCAUAUGAAAUUCUCAAAAACUUGGUUGUUCCAUUGCUACCAGGAGAUAAGACCUUCGCGGAAGUAAAGGAGCUCUUGCAAAGCCACUACAGCCCGAAGACGUCUGUAAUUGCAGAAAGGUGCAAAUUCAACCGCCGAGUGCAACUUGACCACGAAAGUGUCGAAGACUUCGUAGUAGAGUUGAAGCACCUAGCGCGCAAAUGUAACUUCGGGCCAUUUCUCCUGGACGCUCUACGCGACAGAUUGGUAGCUGGGAUCCGAAGCGAAGAAACGCAGAAGGCGUUGUUCACGGCUGACGCACUCACGUUUGAAAGGGCAUGUAAAAUAGCUCUUGACAGCGAAUUGGCCGCGACACAAACAGCCGCAAUAAAAGCACGAAGCCGUGCUGAGAGCAUAAACGCAGUGGAAAUGAAAAAUAACGAGCAUCAGCGCAGCGACCAUGACCAAGCGAAGGAUAAAGGCUCGGCGCGAAACCAGGCCAAGAAACAAAAAUGUUACCGCUGUGGCAAGACGCACGCGCCAGAACAUUGCUGGUAUAAAAACUACUCGUGCAAGCUAUGUUCAAAAGUUGGACACCUUCAAAACAUGUGUCGAACGAGCAAGACUAAGCUGAAGGCACAUGCAGUAAUGGAAUUGUCAGACGAAGACGAGCACACCCUGUACAACUGCACAGUCGACUCAUCGGUGAAGAACGGUUAUGUGGUGACUGUAAACGUGGAGGGCCAGAAAGUGUCAAUGCAGGUGGACACGGGGGCCGCAGUGACAAUUGUACCUGAAAGUGUGUACAAAGAGAAGUUUGCGCAUGUGCAUUGUGAACCAACUCGGGUUGUGCUAAAGACGUACACAGGCGAGAAAAUGGAUGUUAUAGGGCAAUGCAAUGUAACCGCGACCUAUGAAGGGCAGAGUGCAGUGUUACCAAUUGUUGUUGUGAAAAACCGCGAACGCGAGUUACCUAUAUUGCUGGGAAGAACCUGGCUUAACAAGCUUCGGCUGAAUUGGAAAUCGCUUUGCAGUGUACGCAGUGAAGACAGAGUAGAUAAGAUUCGUGCAAAGUUUCCAAACGUGUUUUCGCAAUCGCUGGGUGCUAUCAGGAACUUCGAGGCGCAAAUUGUUUUGCAACCAGGUUGUACGCCGGUGUUUUGUAAAGCACGCCCGCUUCCUUUUUCUUUGCGUGAACAAGCAGAAAAACGCCUCGCUGAGCUCGAAAGCCAAGGCGUAAUCACGCCUGUGAGUAGAAGCGAUUGGGCAACUCCACUGGUUCUGGUCCCAAAGAAACAAGGUGAUCAAAUACGCCUUUGUGGCGAUUACAAAAUCACUGUAAAUCCGGUACUUAAAAUAGACCACUACCCACUACCACAACCAGAGGAAUUGUUCACAGUACUGUGUGGAGGCAAAGUAUUUUGUGUCUUAGAUUUGUCAUCGGCAUACCAACAAGUGGUACUGAGUCCCGAAUCAAGACAUAUUCUGACGGUUAACACGCACAAGGGGCUGUAUCAAUAUAACAGACUUCCUUAUGGAAUAGCCAGUGCCCCUGCUUUGUUCCAGUGCAUGAUGGAUAAGGUUUUGCUUGGUAUUCCGAAUGUUGGUUGUUAUAUUGAUGAUGUUAUAAUUGCAGGCCAGGACGUGGAUGAUUGCCAAAAAAACGCUCGAGCGGGUGCUAGGCAGGCUUUCGGAGCAUAACAUAACGUUAAAGCUGGAAAAAUGUAAGUUUUUCCAAGAUUCUGUCUCUUACCUAGGGCACAUGGUCAGCGCCGAUGGCAUCUACCCGACAGAAGAAAAAGUGAAGGCGAUCCUGCACGCUCCUGAGCCAACAAAUGUAACCGAAUUAAGAGCAUACUUAGGGCUGCUCAAUUUUUACAGCAAAUUUAUGAAGAAUGUGUCAUCUAUAGCAGAACCAAUGUACAGAUUGUUACGGAAGGGAGAACGAUGGCUGUGGACGAAGCAGUGUAGUAAUGCUUUUAAAGCGACUAAGCAUCUGCUGGUAAACAGCCAUGCUCUUACCUACUACGACGCACGCAAGCCGCUCGGGUUGCAAUGUGACGCGUCUGCGUACGGCGUUGGAGCUGUUAUUUUUCACGUGCUACCGGACGGAGAAGAGCGUCCGAUAGCCUUCGCUUCACGAACUCUGACGUCAGCUGAGAAAAAUUAUGCACAAUGUGAAAGAGAGGCCCUAGCGCUUAUCUUCGGACUUCAAAAGUUCCACAAGUUCCUUUUCGGUAGACAGUUUAUGUUGUACACAGACCAUCAGCCACUCGUAAGCAUCUUGGGACAAAACAAAGCGACACCGUCGCAAGCAGCUGCGAGAUUGCAAAGAUGGUCCUUGAUAAUGUCCGCGUACCGGUAUACGCUUAAGUACCGCAAAGGGGCUGAAAUCGAAGUGGCUGAUGCUCUGUCUCGUCUACCUCUACCGUCUUGUCCCAAAUCUGAGAGCUCGGAAUGCUUUUCCGUGUUCGAAAGCACUCCGUUGAACUCUUCUGACGUAGCUAAGGCCACUGCACGGGAUGGCAAACUGUGCAGAGUGGUCGAGUACACGCGGUAUGGUUGGCCUUCAGAAGUGCCUAAUGAGCUCCAACCAUACUACGUUAGACGUCUAGAGCUAUCACUCGAGCAAGGUUGUGUCACGUGGGGCACAAGGGUGAUCGUGCCCGAGGCUUUGCAACCGGCUGUGUUGUCCUUGCUACAUGAGGACCACCCAGGCACCUCAAGGAUGAAAAUGCUGGCUAGAGGCUUCGUUUGGUGGCCAGGUCUCGAUAAAGCAGUAGAGGAUUACGUACGAACCUGUCGGGUUUGCCAAGUCGUGCAACCAGCCGCGCAGCCUGUACCACUACACCCUUGGCCUUAUCCGUCCAAGGUUUGGCAAAGGCUGCAUGUUGACUUUGCUAUGAAAGGACAGCUUAACUUUCUAGUCUUAGUGGACGCCUAUUCUAAGUGGAUUGAAGUAUGGCUGAUGACCUCAACCGUCACAAGACAAAUGAUUUCCAAACUUCGAAGUGUCUUCGCGGCGUACGGAUUUCCCGACGAAAUUGUAAGUGAUAAUGGGCCGCAAUUUGUGUCACAAGAGUUCGAAGACUUCUUGGCUAAGAAUAACAUAAAACAUACAAAAACGCCGCCCUAUCACCCAAUUUCGAACGGGGCAGCCGAACGUCUAGUCCAAACAACGAAGCGCGCAUUGCUGAAACAGCUGCUAUCAGAUGUCUCGCAAAACCGAGGAUCGGUGCAAACCGGGUUAGACAGCUUUUUGAUGAGCUAUCGAAACACGCCACAUAGUGUGACAGGCAGCACUCCUGCGCAGCUCUUCUUAAAGAGGCAACCUAAGAUCAAGUUGUCAUUCCUUAAACCCGAUUUCAAGCAAGAUAUGCUCAACAAACAGUUGAGCAGCAAGCGGCAGAAAGAUAAGCACCGGGGUACUGAACGUGGAUUCUUAGUGAGUGACAAAGUGUUUGUUAAAUGCGUACGUGGUGAGAAUGUGGCUUGGGAAGACGGCGUAGUUACUCAGAUCGUAAGCCCAGUGACAUAUCUUGUGAAUGUGGCGGGUGAAGUGCGCUUUGUGCAUGCUGACCAUUUGCGUCACUCCUUUGCGAGACCUGUCUCAGCUGACCCAUGGCAGCAACUUCCCGACACAAGGCACCUGGCCGAGCUGCAACAACGGCCAGAUACAGAUCCCGUAGUCACCCCUACAAGACCCCCGAUGGCCGCCGCAGAACCCGUGGAAUCUGCAUUACCAGACUCUGUGCAGAGUCCAACCCCUCGGGCUUCAACCGACCCUCCGACUACGGCAACAACGACUUCACACAAGGACACAUACCCAGCAGAGCAGAGCACAGAAGUUCCAAGCAAGCCCGAAGUCAUGCCUCGACGAAGCGGCCGUGCG